AGAACACAUUGUAGGCCUGAAAUGAAUGGUUUGUGUUUGGAUGACUCAUUUCGGUUCUCACUCCGCAUACCAUACAUAUGAGGAUUUCUUUCGCGAAUAUGUAACCAAAACUUGCGGACUUGUUUUCUAAUUUGACGUGAUAAGAGAAACACGAUUUUCCAGUGACACUUGGGCAUCUCUACGUAAAAUACAAUGCCUUGUUUAUAUUUAAAUUUAGUGUAGUGCUUGGAUAUUGCUCAGUGUUUUUUUUUCUGUUUACCAAUGAAUUCCGCCAGUCAAAAGGGCCUAGUUCUUUAAACCAAGAUUUCUUGGUAAGCUCUUCCCAAUUUAGCCCGUGACGCUAGUACCUCACGUCACCGAAAUGUCGGUGUGCUUCGAGAGUAGUCGUCCACGGAACGGCUUAAAGUUACCUCUUAACAGGAGCUUCAGCGAACCUGGCACUACCACUCCAACGCAUACUCCAAUAAGUCCGCCAAAAAGAUUCAAACUGGAGCCUCAAAGCAGCAUCAGCCUACCGACUAGCCCCUGUGCCGAAUCGGCAACGCUGCAACGCACCUGGGUGCUCAAUCACUUGAAAACGAUAGACUGCGAUGGGCUAAAGACCAAACUGCAGGAUCCUAGGAUAGCCAGGAACUUCGUCCUGAUCGACUGUAGGCCGUUUAUGAGCUAUAACAUGAACCACGUAGGUGGAGCUAUUAACCUGAACUGCUCGGACCGAUUCAACAGGCGGAGGCUGCAGCUGGGGAAGGCAACCCUUGCCGACUUGGCAACGACGCGCGAAGGCAAAGAAGUGUUGAAGAAGAGGGCCUUCAAAGAGGUCAUCAUCUACGACGAAGGGACCAACGACAAAGAAAAGAUUAAUGUGGGACAUCCCUUAUUUUUGGUGUUACUGGCACUAAUCGAGGACCACAAAGAGCUAUCUUUACUUUUAGGAGGUCACAGGGAAUUUCACAGAAAACACAAAGAGUUGUGCGAAGACACUUUGACAGCUGGACUAUCAUCUAGGGGUCUGUCACCCUCAGCGUCAUGCCCUUCGUUGGCACCAGACGUCGAUUCAUACCCCGCAUCAAAAGUUUUACCUUUUCUCUACCUUGGAAACAGCAAGGACGCUGCUGACCUUUCUUGUCUGCAAGGACUUGGAACCACCUGCGUGUUGAACGUGACGUCACAAUUGCCCGGGUACCAUGAAGAAUGCGGCAUUACAUACAAGCAGAUACCAGCUACGGACUCGGGCCAUCAGAACCUUAAGCAGUAUUUUGAAGAAGCAUUCGAAUUUAUCGAGGAAGCUAGAAAAAAUGGUUUGAGAGUACUGAUCCACUGUCAAGCUGGAGUAUCCAGGAGUGCCACGAUUGCCAUAGCUUAUAUAAUGAAGUAUAAACACAUGUCGAUGGUGGAGGCCUACAAGAAGGUGAAGGAAGCAAGACCGAUUAUAUCGCCGAAUCUUAACUUCAUGGGACAGCUUCUGGAGUUAGAGCAGAACUUGCGCAGUGAUAAUAGUAGUAAUAACAAUCACCAGUGUCUUUGGAGUCAACAGACGACGGAUGAAGUGAGCCAGGGUUGUAGUGUUUGAGUCUAAAAUCACAAAAAAAUGCGAAACAUAAGAAACAGACCUAAUCGUUUAUUGAAGAACUUUAUCGCCAUAUGUUUUAUUCUAGUCGAUGUAUUUUGGACAAGAAGGCUGUGUACCAUUAGAGAUAUUUCAUGUUUAUAUAAUUACUUAUGUUAAGCAGCUGUAGCUGGGCUAGUAGUAGAGUCCUGGUUCCUAUGAUAAGUCCUUUACUACUUAGAAGAACAGCUAUCAAUGCUUGUAGCAUGCACGACUGUUUUCUUAGUAUUUUAGAAGGUUCCAGAUGGACUACUAGAGAUGUUAUAAGCUGCCAAUGGUGAAAACAAGCAGCAAGUGACAGUAAACUAUUUCUCUUUUGGCAUAUUAUUGUACAAUAUUUGUUACUGUAUUUUAUAACUGUACUAUUUAAGGUUUAAGCGUAAAAUUCAAUUAUUUAUUUGUCUUAUCUAUUUAUUAGGGCGUUUCCAACUUUAGGUAUAGCUUGAAAAUAAAAGCUGAUUUUAUAAAUGCAGCUAAUCUAUAUACAGUCACUGCUUCUUCUGGAACAAUCUCGACUCAACGUACUUAAUCUCCUUAUAUUCCGAUUUUUGUAGUGAUAACUUAUAUACUUAUUAGUUUCAUAAUUCUAAAAAAACUGUAUAUUCGGUGUUAUUUACGCUAAAUAUCAAUUUUCUAAGCUACUGAAAAACUUAAAGAAAAAGUCUAAAUACCAGUAACAUUACUAAUUAAUUUUUUGAUAUGUCUUACCACCAAAACCACGCAAUUAACAAUAAUUUCUCAUAUAUUUUGACAAAAAAAUAUAUUUUUUUUUUCUUUAAAAUUUCGGUAGCUUUUUAAUUCUAUUUUAUUGUUUGUAUAAAACCAAGAGAAGCAAAGACUAAAGAAUGUGUAUGUGGAAACGUAAAUGAAUAUAAAAAUGCCAUAUUUAAGUUUUAAUUUUGUUUGUUCAAACGUAUAGUCAAAUGGUAGAUUUUUUCUUAGUUCUAUAUGGAAAAAGCACUUUUAUUCAGGUUUUGAUAAUUUUCAAUGUGAUUUUUAGGGAUUUUUGUUUUUAGUUUAAAAUUAGUAAAGGUACUAAAGGAGGUACAUGAUUAUGUGUAGCAAGUUGAUUCAUUAACUGCCAUACUAAUUCUUGUUGAGAAAAAAAAACUAUAGGGAACUUGCACUGUUAAUAUCACACGAUAUCGCAUAAAUAUGUGCCUUUACACAAAUAUUGUAAAGUUGUAUAAAAUUCCGACUGUAAUAAAAUUAUUUGUUUCAACACAAGACUUAUAUAUCAUAAUAAAAAUCAUAGAUGUUA